AUGUCUCGCAGAGACGGAUUUUCGCCGCGUAAGAACCUGCGGAGAUCCGCUCGAGACCACUCUCGCCUGUAUUCGAGUCUCCAAGAAAGUCAGCUCGGCGGCGGCGAUGAGUUCGACGAUGUGUACUCUCCACCAAGCAGAAGAGUACGUACACGUACCUGUGCGUUCCAGGACAAUAAAAAAUUGCAGAGAAAUAGUGGAGUUGGCAACAACGGGUACACGCGUUCUGGAAGAAAGAUCCAUCACUCUCUGUACUACGAAGAAGAGUAUGACGAUCGCAACAGCAGCGACGAUGACAGGCGCUACCGAACACGCAGGUAGGUAUCUUAAAUCACAAAGGGCUCUUUUCAAUUAACCUUUUCAGAACUUCAAAUGCGAUGACGUAUCGGCAGCAGUUGACUCAGGCAAUGGACGAAUCUAAGAGAAAUCAGAAAAUACCACCGGCAAAGAGAAAGAGGAUUUAUGUUUCUGACGACGAAGAGGACGAUUUUGAAGCACCGCAUCCGGCCGCAAUUUCUGGUUCAGAUAGAAGAGAAACACGACGCAGUUCCAGAAGACGCUCGUCAACGUUCGGAGAGCAAGAAGGUAGCAGAAUGAGAAGCGGGGGAGAAUCCGAAGUUUCAGAAGUUUCAGAGCAAGAAGAAUCGCCGGUCCGCAAGACUCGGAAGGCGGCGAGACGGAGCAACGAGCAGCUGGAAGAAAAGGCGGCAGACGAAGAAGAAACAGCGGUCGCAGAAGACGGUGGGGAGUCAGCAGAGCCGAAUGCGGAUACGGAAGGAAAUGCAGAGCAUCAAGGAGCUGACGGUGAAGAUGUGAUAGAAAAGAUCGGUCUAGAAGAAGAGGAAGAGGAGGUGGAGGAAGCUGGACACGACGAAAAAGACGAGGUGAGUAAAAAGAGAGAGAGAGCAAGCUGAUAUAACUCAUACCAUGGUAUUUCAAGGAAGAAGAGGAGAGCAGCAACGCGGAGAGCUCAGAGGAGUCGACAGCACCUCGUCAGUACAGUCUCCGCCGCCGUCAGCCGGUCGUUCACUUCAAUCAAGGCGAAGUCCGUGACAGACACGCUCGUCUCGAGCGUGCCGUCAGACGUCAGAAUACUGGAAAUGCGAAAAGGCAUCACAGGAAUCGCAAGAGCUCUUCUCAUCGGAGACGCAGUGAUUCGGACUCGGACAGCGAUGAUCUGGUGCUUCCACGUCCGGAUAAACGGCAGUCGAGACCGCAUAUGCACGGCAGAAGCGGUGGAGAACGUGGCGGAGAGCGUGGUCGUUUCAUGCCGAUCAACAUGACAGAGAAGGAGCUGCAGUCUGCCCAGCACAUUCUGAUGGACAGAAUGCGAAAGACCGACGCCGGACAGGGUGCCAGUGAUAUCGAUCCGAUGAGUGUGGACGGUUCAGUCGGGUUCGAUCAGGUCGGAGGACUUGGCCAUCAUAUCCAAUCUCUGAAGGAAGUGGUUCUGUUCCCGAUGCUUUAUCCUGAGGUCUUCGCCAAGUUUAACAUAAAUCCACCGAAGGGCGUCGUGUUUUAUGGUCCUCCUGGUACAGGAAAGACACUCGUCGCAAGAGCUCUGGCCAACGAAUGUCGCCGUGGAGCCAACAAAGUGGCAUUCUUCAUGCGAAAAGGAGCUGAUUGUCUGAGUAAAUGGGUCGGAGAGUCAGAAAGACAGCUCCGUCUUCUUUUCGAUCAGGCCUACGCAAUGCGCCCCUCUAUCAUUUUUUUCGACGAAAUCGAUGGUCUGGCUCCCGUUCGAUCCUCCAAACAAGAUCAAAUUCACGCGAGCAUAGUCAGCACUCUUCUCGCUCUCAUGGAUGGCUUGGAUGGACGUGGAGAAGUCGUUGUGAUAGGCGCCACCAACCGAUUAGACUCGCUGGAUCCAGCCCUGAGAAGACCUGGACGAUUCGACAGGGAACUUCGGUUCUCGCUUCCCGAUCUGAAUGCACGUCGCCAAAUUCUGGACAUUCACACUUCGAAAUGGGAAGAGAACAAACCGGAAACAGAGAUAAUCAAUUCGAUUGCUGAGAAGACGAGUGGAUACUGCGGAGCCGAUUUGAAGUUUCUGUGUACUGAGGCCGUGCUCAUUGGAUUGCGCUCUCGUUAUCCACACAUCUACAUGUGCUCCGAACGCUUGAAGCUCGAUAUUGCGACGAUCAAAGUGACACAAGAACACUUUGGACACGCGAUGAGAAGAAUUACACCGGCAUCCAGAAGAGAUCUCACAAUCCCAUCACGUCCUCUCGACGAACGCACAUUCAUUUUGCUCGGAGACACUGUGAGCAACUUGAUCAGUCUUCGUGUCCCCCAAGGAUACAGAUGUGUGGAGAAUGCAAUGGCAACGGCUUCUUGUGAAUUGGAGCAGGUCGUCAGGGCAUUGGAGCCGAAUCCAACCGUCCCAGCCAUCAGACUUCUUCUUUGUGGAUCUUCCGAACUUGCCGACGGUGGACAAACAUCCUACGUGCUACCAGCCAUCCUCGCCAAACUCGAUCAUCUUCCUGUCUUCUCCCUCUCCGUUUCUAGUCUUUUGACCGACGGGCGACCGGAGGAAGCCUUCUCGCACGCAGUUCAAGCCGCAAUGAGAGCAUCUGCUACCGGUCCGUGCAUCAUGCUUCUUCCAUCCAUCGACGAAUGGAUCAAAGUGAUCCCGGUGUCGGUACAGCACAUGCUCAUCACUUGUCUCGAGUCCAUGACCGGAUUCACUCCAAUUCUGUUCCUCUCGACUCUUGAUUCGUCGUUCGAGGAUGCUCCCGAAUAUGUAACGGAAGUAUUCCGACAUGCGAACUGCAUCACGUGAGUCGAAAAGAUUUUUUCCUUAAAAUACAAUAAGAGUUUCAGAAUGAAUCCAGCUCGUUUGUCGAUUCGAAAGAAGUACUUCGAAUACAUUUUGGAGCCCAUUUUUACCCCUCCAAAAGUCUUCGAUGGUACGAUAUUCAAUAUGCACAGCCGUAGAAUAUAUUUCGUUUUCAGCUACCGCUUACGAAAUGCCAGCGCCAGAUGACGACUCUCCAGAAUCGAAGCCAUCUCGCAAACUGAACGACGACGAGACAAGAGAACUGCUGAAAAUGUAUACGGCACUGCAGAGACAGAUGCGAAUGUUUUUCAAGGAACGGCUCAGUAAGAGCCACUUCCUCCUUGCUCCGCACAGUUUCUUUUUCAGCUCGUCUGAUGCGUGACCGUCGUUUUACCGAGUUCGUCGAGCCAGUCGACCCGGAAGAGGCGGAGGACUAUUAUGAAAUAAUUCAGAAUCCGAUUUGCUUGUCAGACAUUAUGGAGAAGCUGAAUAAGUGUGAAUACAAUCACGCUGAUAAAUUCGUCGCCGACCUGUGUCAGAUACAGUACAACGCCCUCGAAUACAAUCCAUCGAACACAAAAGAGGGGAAGACGAUCCGUCAGAUGGCCAACACUCUCCGUGAUGCAAUAGACGAUUUGAUGGACUGCGAAUUGGACGAAUCGUUCGUUGAACGCAUUGAAACAGUGUCUCGGAUGCUGCAGGAUGCCGGUGUCACUCCAACCACUGAACAGUUGCUCUCGGAGAUUCCGAAAGGUUUCGUCCGUCGGAAGCCAUGGAGCAUGACGAAUACUCUGGCCAAGGAGAUCGAAUCGUGGAAAGCGGAACGAGAAGCCGAGAAUCAGAAUAUGCUGGAAAAGCUUGGCGUGACUCCUGUUACCAACUCUACUGACAAAGAAGGCGCCGUUGAUGACAACAAGAGCGAAGAGGGCACGUGUACUUCAACUGAAGGUGUCCUAGCUCUCCAGGAUGGCAAGAAGAAGCUGACUAAGAAACAGAAGCAGAAGCUGAAAAAGACAAAGAAGAACGGUUCGCAGGAGCCAGAAGAAGAAGAAGAGGAGGAAACCGGAGAAGAAACUGGAGAGGAGACGGCCAUCGAAGACUACGAAGACAUGACAGUUCAGGAAAAAUCGGAAGAGCUCGAAAAGCACGAUAUCGAGAUGAAGGAUGCUUCCGGUGACCUUUUGGAGCCCACGCAAACGCCCGGCUCUCCAGUGCAGAUUGAAUCGCCGAAACGAGAAGUGUCCGUCUCGCGAGAAGCCGUCGAGGAUCUGCAGACUCUGUGUGUGGAAAAGUCGAAUGGAUGGUCGGUCAGUGAAUUGGAACGGCUGUCUUCUGUGAUUUCGCAUACCAUCGAACGUUUCCGGUAAGUGAAUUUCCGGAUUUUUCGAUUGAAGGAUCAUUUUUUUGCAGAAAUGAAUGGGACCGAGAAGCUCUGCCUGGUCAACUUUCCAUAAUUGUCCGUGAAUGGCAGGCAAACGAGGAGCCAAACGCACCACCCCUCAACGGAAUAUUGACUUUGAAAAAUGGUCCUCUCGUCAACGGACACUAG